AUGGUACUUACACAGAUAGCCCCAAACCAAGGCGCUAAGCAGAGCUGUGAAAUUCACACGCGCAAGCCAUACACUGGGAACCGGCCACGACACCCGAGGAAAAACCGGCCGGGCCCCUGCCCGCCCGCUCUCCCGCCUCGACUCACCGCCGGUGUGUCUUCUGGUUCUCAGCCGCGAGCUGGGGCUGCCGUGAGGAGGCGGCGGAGGAGACGAGAUCCGGGGCCCCGCCGCCGGGUCAUCAUACCCCCUGCGCGAGCCGGCCCGGGCCCCGGCCCCCGCCCCCCGGAGCCGUCCCCGCGCCCGUCCCGCGAGGGGAGCCUUCUCAGCCUCCCGCCCACUCCACCGCCCGGCCCCCCUCCGCCGCCGCCGCCGCCUCAGACCCGCGCGCUCCCUCCUCGGCCUCCCGCUGCUGUCCGGGGCCACCGCCGGGCCCCUAGCUCCGCAGCCGCGGUUGUCGCCAGACCCGACAAGCUGAGCGCCGAGCGUCCGCCCUCAUCCGGCCCGCCCCGCCUCACGGGAACUAGUCCCGGGUCCCGCGCCAUGACACCUACUGAGGCGGAAGUCUGGGAGAGCGGGAGGAUUACGACGACCUCAUAUUACGGGUCGGAGUGGAAGUGGGAGUGGGUGGACCUCCAUGGGGAGCCAGCGUGGAUAGAGUGCUGGGGUCAUCUCCACGCCCCCUUCGCACGGCCAACACCGAGGUGACUUAAGGUGCCUAGUGUCGGUGUGAGGUCCAGGUUUAAAAUGUCAUCCCCGCCAGUGUGACAUCACCACCGCCUAGUGUGACACCUCCAGAGACUGAGCAGCGCGCGGGGAGGCAGCUGGUCAUUUUGAGGAUUGGGUUCCAGCAGAAGUGAUGGCUUUGGCCGAACAUGAGCUUGGGUGAAGACUAUGCCUGUGGGGUUAAAGAGAAAGAGUCAAGGACUUCCCUGGUGGCACAGCAGAUAGGAAUUCACCUGCCGAUGCAGGGGAAACUGGUUCGAUCCCUGGUUCGGAAAAAUCCUGCAGGCAACUAAAGCCUGUGCGCCACAACCACUGAAGCCUGUGUGCCUAGAGCCUGUGCUGCCCAACAAGAGAAGCCACCACAGUGAGAAGCCUGUGUACCGCAACCAAGAACGGGAAAGUGACUCAAGAGAGGUGGUGGUGCACAACACUGCGAAUGCAUUAAAUGCCACUGAACUGUACACUAAACAAUGGUUGUUUGUUAUGCGAAUUUCACCUCAGUUUUUUUUUAAAAAGGAGGAUGAAAGUUUGCAGGAUUUAGAAAUAAUGGGUAAAAGACUUCACCCCUAAUUUUCAAGAGUCAACCCAGAGACUCUUCUGGGAGAAGAGCAAAUGCCUUAACCACUUAUACAACAAUUAUGAGGGAAGGAGGGUUUGAGGUUUCAUUUCUGUUUCCUCCCUUAUCCACACAUAACCAUCGUCCUGUCUCUCAUUUUCUUCAUAUACUAGAUCUUUAUUCAGCAAAACCAAGGGAUAGUGCUUUUUUCUCCCUUUACCUGGAUCAGCAUCAUUCCUCAUUAUCAUGCCUCCAUCAUUUCCUAGCUUUUCACCUUUUCUUUGACCAACUGUUACAUGCAUGAGCUUUUAUCACUUUCAUUCCAUACGUCAUUCUCUAUCAUCAGUUCUAAGCAAAAGCCAAAACAAAUGCUGGAAGAAUGCACACAAAGACCCACAAGGGAGAGGGCAAUAAAUCAGGACAGGACCUCAAAUUUUAAUAACUGAUUAUUACUUAUGCUGUGUCAUUUUGCAGUUCCUACAAACUCUGAAAUCAAAAAGACCUUAAUGAAAUAUCCCUUGCCUAACACAAUUCCUGAUAUGUGGUCGGUAAUAAUAGCUAUUUUGCUGGGUAAAUUACUGAGUGUUUAUUCAUAGUACUCAAAGCAUCAGAAUUCAGUAAACUAUAGAAUAGAGUUUAAGAAAUUUCAAAAUAGCAGUCUUUACCUUUGGCCAUGCAUUUAACUGAUUUUUUUUCUAUUAUUGCUUUUGGAAACUCAUUUGUAUAAAAUCUUAAGUUGUCAUCAA